UAAGGGCGGGAGCCCAGCGAGGGCGCCAGCAGCUUGUUCCCUCUCAGGCCCGAGUCGAAGCCUGACCGUGCUCGCCAUGCCGAACCGCAGGGCCAGCCGCAAUGCUUACUAUUUCUUCGUGCAAGAGAAGAUACCGGAACUACGCCGUAGAGGCCUGCCCGUGGUUCGCGUGGCUGAUGCCAUCCCUUACUGCUCCGCUGACUGGGCGGUCCUGAGGGAGGAAGAAAAGGAGAAAUACACAGAAAUGGCUCGAGAAUGGAGAGCCGCCCAGGGAAAGGAUUCUGGGCCUUCAGAGAAGCAGAAACUCAUUGCCACACCUCUGAGGAGGCCUGGUAUGCUUGUACCAAAGCAGACUGUUUCACCCCCAGAUAUGUCAAGUUUGUCUCUAAAAAAUGAUCAAGCAUUCCUUGGAGGUAUUUUUUACUUUUUGAACAUUUUUAGCCAUGGUGAGCUACCUCCUCAUUGUGAACAGCGAUUCCUCCCUUGUGAAAUUGGCUGUGUUAAAUAUUCUCUGCAAGAAGGUAUUAUGGCAGAAUUUCACAGUUUUAUAAAUCCUGGUGAAAUUCCUCGAGGAUUUCGAUUUCACUGUCAGGCUGCAAGUGAUUCUAGUCACAAGAUUCCUAUUUCAAACUUUGAAUUUGGGCAUGACCAAGCAACUGUGUUAAAAAACUUCUAUAGAUUUAUUCAUCCAAACUCAGGGAAGUGGCCACCUAUCUACUGCAAGUCUGUUGAUAGAGCCAGAAUCAUCUGGUGUUUGAAGCAUAUGGCGAGGACAUCAGAAAUCAGGCAAGACCUAGAACUUCUCUCUGUAGAGGAUCUUGUAGUGGAGAUCUACCAACAAAAAUUCCUCAAGGAGCCCUCUAAGACCUGGGUUCGAAGCCUCCUGGAUGUUGCCAUGUGGGAUUAUUCUAGUGAUACAAGGUGCAAGUGGCAUGAAGAAAAUGAUAUUCUCUUUUGUGCUUUAGCUGUUUGCAAGAAGAUUGCGUAUUGCAUCAGUAAUUCUCUGGCCACUCUCUUUGGGGUCCAGAUUACAGGAGCUCAUGUACCACUGCAAGAUUAUGAAGCCAGCAAUAGUGUGACACCCAAAAUGGUUGUAUUGGAUGCAGGGCGUUACCAGAAGUUAAGAGUUGAGAGUCCAGGAUUCUGUCAUUUCAACUCUUCUAAUCAGGAACAAAGAUCAAACGCAUUCACUGGUGAUUACCCAUCUGGGGUGAAAUUUUCAGGCCAAAACAGUAGUGUUCGAGGGAGAGGAAUUACCCGCUUACUCGAGAGCAUCUCCAGUUCCUCCAGCAAUAUCCACAAAUUCUCCAACUGUGAAACUUCACUCUCAUCUUACAUGUCCCAAAAAGAUGGGUAUAAAUCUUUCUCUUCCAUAUCUUAAUGAUGGUACUUUUUCAAUUUCUGGAAAAAUAAUAGGCCUAAAUUCCCUUCUGACUACAGUCCUAUUAAACAGAUUACAUCAAUGGUAAAUACCACUCCUCUAAAAAUGACUUAAUCUGUAAGGAAACUCUGUUUCAUAGAUUAAAAAUAAUUGUGGUUGGAGAAUAUCUUGGUGUUCUUAUGUUCUUUUUCCUUGAAGUCUUAUUACAUCUCCUGGAAUAUGAUGGGUAUGUCAUUGAAACUUUUGAGUUCUAUAGUUGAA